AAAUCAAAAUCAACAAAAAGAACAAGAGAAAAAGAAAAAAAAGAGAAAAAAAAGAAAGGGAAAUAUGGUGGUCUAUAACCUAUUUAUAGUUGUUAGUUUGGAUUUCAGUUUCAGUUAAGAUCAAAAUUCACUAAUUCAGGAGUUGGAGUUUUAUUUACUCACAAAAGAAACGAUAGACAAAAUUCAAAGGCAAUACAAUCGAUUACUUGUUUAGCAUAUAAUCCUCUUAGUUAGUAGUAGCAAAUAAGAAAACUGAAUUAGGUCCAGUCCCGCUCUUUUCGUACAUUUCACUGCAAAUCAAACGCAUUUCCAACAACAACCUAUAAAAAUGAAGAGGUUCGCGGCUUGUUGUUUCAUCGGUCCAUCUUCUAAAUCUCGAAGAAGAACAAAACCCCUUAAACAAAAGGAUCAUUUGCAGGAAUCUAAAGAAGUUAUGGAAAACCCACAAGCCAACAAUGCAGGCAAUGCUAAACCUGAGGAAAUCAGAGAAAUUCAGGAGCAACCACAAUUAAGCAAUGCAGACAAUACUAAUUCUGAGGAGAUCGGAGAAAUUCAGGAGAACCCACAAUCAAGCAACAAUAGUUUGGAGAUUAGUUCUGCCAACAACAUCAUCCUUAACCAUGACUUCUCUGGAGGAUUAGAUUCCUGGCACCCAAAUUCUUGUGAUGCAUUUGUUGUUUCGGAAGAAUCGGGUUAUCUGGAAGGAGUAGCAGCAAACUCGGGAUCGAAAUAUGUUGUUACGAAAAAUCGUAAAGAAUGCUGGCAAGGCUUGGAGCAAGAUAUUACGAGCAGAGUUUCAACAGGUCUAAUUUACAAAGUCUCUGCUUGUGUUAGAGUCUCAAGCUCUCCUCCGGAACUUGCUAAAGUCGUUGCUACUUUGAAACUAGAAUACCAAGAUUCACCAACUAAUUACUUAUUUGUUGGGAGAGUUUCUGCAUCUCAUGAGCGAUGGGAAAAUUUGACGGGUACAUUUUAUCUGGAAACCAUGCCUAGUAGAGUUGUUUUAUUUUUGGAAGGGCCUGAACCAGGUGUAGACCUACUCAUAGAUUCACUUGUGUGUGAGCGUACAGACAACAACAUGAUCCAUAACCAUGACUUUUCUGGAGGACUUAGUUCUUGGCAUCCCAAUUCUUGUGAUGGGCUUCUUGUUACAAGAGAAACGGGUUAUCCUGAAGGAGUAUCAGCAAAUACAGGCUCAAAUUACGCUGUCAUUACAAAUCGCAAAGAAUGCUGGCAAGGCUUGGAGCAAGAUAUUACAAGCAGAGUUUCACCGGCUCUAACCUACAAGGUCUCAGCUUGUGUUAGAGUCUCAAGCUCUCCUCCAGGACUUGCUAAAGUCGUUGCUACUUUGAAACUAGAAUACCAAGAUUCACCAACUAAUUACUUAUUUGUUGGGAGAAUUUCUGCAUCUCAGGAGCGAUGGGAAAAUUUGACGGGUACGUUUUGUCUGGAAACUAUGCCCAGUAGAGUUGUUUUAUAUUUGGAAGGGCCUGAACCAGGUGUAGACCUACUCAUAGAUUCUGUUGUGUGUGAGCGUACGGACAACAACAUCAUCCAUAACCAUGACUUUUCUGGAGGACUUAGUUCUUGGCAUCCCAAUUUUUGUGAUGGGCUUCUUGUUACAAGAGAAUCGGGUUAUCCUGAAGGAGUAUCAGCAAUUACAGGCUCAAAUUACGCUGUCAUUACAAAUCGCAAAGAAUGCUGGCAAGGCUUGGAGCAGGAUAUUACAACUAGAGUUUUACCAGGUUUCACUUACACGGUAUCUGCCUGUGUUAGAGUCUCAAGCUUCCAUGAAGAACCUUCUAAAGUGAUUGCUACCUUAAAACUCGAAAAUGAAGAUUCUUCAACUAGUUACUUAUUUAUCGGGAGAGCAUCUGCGUCGAAGGAGCGUUGGGAAAGCUUGACAGGCACGUUUACCCUGGAAGCAAUACCCAAGAGAGUGGUUUUCUUUCUGGAAGGGCCUGAUCCAGGUGUAGAUUUACUCAUAGAUUCUGUUGUAGUCUCUUCCUACAUUGUCAGCAAGUGUGAGCCUGAAAUUGCUAAACCUUUCAAUGAUGGAGAUAAGAAUAGAGAUGAGAGUAUCAUACUGAACCCUCGAUUUGAGGACGGCCUUAACAAUUGGUCUGCAAGGAGCUGUAAGAUUCUCGUACAGGAAUCCAUGGGAGAUGGUAAAAUAGUUCCAUCAUCUGGAAGGUACUUUGCUUCUGCAACGGAAAGAACACAGAUCUGGAAUGGGAUUCAGCAGGACAUAACUGGAAGGGUGCAACGGAAACUUGCCUAUGAGGUAAAUGCUGUAGUUCGGAUUUUCGGGAACAAUGUCACUACUGCCGAUCUCCGUGCAACGUUGUUUGUUCAAAUACCGAACCAGCAUGACCAAUACAUAGGCAUUGCCAACUUGCAGGCAACUGAUAAGAACUGGGUACAGUUGCAAGGGAAGUUCCUUCUCAACAGUUCGCCUUCAAAGGUAGUCAUUUAUUUGGAAGGGUCACCUCCGGGAACUGACAUUCUUGUAAAUAGUUUCCUAAUAAAACAUACAGCAAAACUGCCUCCUUCACCUCGACCACCUAAUAAGAAUGUGCUUUAUGGUGUCAAUGCAAUUCAGAACACUAAUCUUAAUGAUGGCCUAAAUGGGUGGUUUCCACUUGGUCAAUGUACUUUGUCCAUUGGUACUGGUUCACCUCGUAUACUUCCUCAAAUGGCAAGAGAUUCCCUUGGAGCCUAUGAACCUCUAAGUGGUCGCUAUAUUCUUGUGACGAACCGAACACAAACCUGGAUGGGGCCAGCUCAAAUGAUCACUGAUGAACUGAAAACCUACUUAACAUACCAAGUGUCUGCUUGGGUUCGACUUGGUUCUGGAAUAACUAGCCCUCAAAAUGUGAAUAUUGCUCUUAGUGUUGAUGGUCAGUGGGUCAAUGGGGGUCAAACUGAAAUUGGGGAUGACCGGUGGCAUGAAAUUGGGGGUUCUUUUAGGGUCGAGAAGCAGCCUUCUAAAACUAUGGUUUACAUUCAAGGUCCUUCUGCAGGUAUUGACUUGAUGAUAGCAGGACUUCAGAUUUUUCCUGUUGAUAGGAGAGCAAGAUUUAAACACUUAAAGAGGCAGACGGAUAAGUUACGCAAACGUGACGUCGUUUUGAAAUUCUCUGGAUCGCCUACUUCAGACACCUUUGUUAAAGUCAAACAAACACAAAACAGUUUCCCCUUCGGAACAUGCAUUAGCAGAACCAACAUAGACAAUGAAGACUUUGUUGAUUUCUUUGUAAAGAAUUUCAACUGGGCUGCGUUUGGAAACGAGUUGAAGUGGUAUUGGACAGAGGCACAGCAAGGUAACUUCAAUUACAACGAUGCUGAUGACCUACUGGAUUUAUGCGCAAAGCACAAUAUAGAUGUCAGAGGUCAUUGCAUCUUCUGGGAUGUUCAAUACAAUGUCCAACCUUGGGUUCAAUCGUUGAACAACACUGAUCUAAUGACCGCGGUUCAAAAUCGUCUAAAAGGUCUUCUAACACGCUACAAGGGUAAAUUCAGACACUACGAUGUGAACAAUGAGAUGCUUCAUGGAUCUUACUUCCCAGAUAGGUUGGGAAAGGAUAUCAGGUCUUUUAUGUUCAAAAAUGCAAACCAACUUGAUCCAUCUGCAUCUCUUUUUGUGAAUGAUUAUCAUGUGGAGGAUGGAUGUGAUACUAGGUCUUAUCCAGAGAAAUACAUUCAGCAAAUUCUUGGUUUGCAAGAGCAAGGUGCACCUGUGGGGGGAAUUGGAAUCCAAGGGCAUAUUGAUAAUCCUGUGGGACCUCUAGUCUGUUCUGCCUUGGAUAAGCUGGGAAUUCUUGGGCUUCCAAUUUGGUUCACAGAAUUGGACGUCUCUGCGGAAAAUGAUUAUGUCAGGGCUGAUGAUUUGGAGGUUAUGCUCCGUGAAGCGUUUGCUCAUCCUGCUGUUGAAGGAAUUGUAUUGUGGGGAUUUUGGGAGCUUUUCAUGAGUCGAGAUCAUGCACACUUGGUUGAUGCGGAAGGUAAAGUUAACCAAGCAGGUAAGAGGUACCUUGCACUCAAGAAAGAGUGGCUAUCAAAUGCCCAUGGGCAUAUUGAUGACCAAGGAGAGUUCAAGUUUAGAGGCUUCCAUGGGUCAUAUGAUAUUGAAAUCAUGAAUUACUCGACGAAAGUUGUUAAGAAGUUUGUUGUUGACAAAGGUGAUUCACCACUGGUUGUGACUAUUGAUUUGUAGAUAAUAUUCCUACUAUUCUUUGAUCUAAAUUCUUUGAUCUAAUAAGGUAACGUCCUGAUCUCUCCGGGUUGUUCAUAAUGUUCAUGAAAAUGUUAAAUAAAUGAUGUCUUGUACCCUUGUUUUUUCGUUCGAAAAAUUAUUCUGUCAUUUGCCAGUGGCAUUGUACAUUAAAUUUUUCUGUCAAGUGAUGCAUAUAUCGAUUCUACUGUAAAGAAAUAAGUCGAUCAGUAAAGAUGUAAUACUAAUCUAUUCGUGUUUAUACGAUAACCUCCGCACAUUA